GCAUCGACAGGUGGCUUCUUUUUGUGGGUAAAACAUUAGGUGUUAAAAUGUAUUUUGAUUGUAAUUCUGUUGUUCGCUGCUAAUUGUUCAUCAAAAUGUAAGUGCCUAAUUUCUUUGGAGCGCUGAGGUUUGGGUGUGUCUCAAAUCUGAACAUUAGCAAUUUCGUUAGCGCCCUGUUAGCAUUUGAGCUGUGGGCUAUUUGUGGAAAAGGAUGCUUGUAUGGUAUUUUGGAAGUGUCUAGGGACAGCGCUAAUGUGCUGCAUUUUGUAUUAGGUAAUGUUAACUAGGCUAGUGAGCUACCCAUUUAUUAAAGGCAUUGUAGUUUGAAUAGACUUCUGCAAAAACUAGGAUAGGCGGUUCACCAGUGGAGGCUGCAAAUCUGCGUUUCACACAUGUAUUGUUGCAACCGUAAGCCCUGUUCAUAUUUAAAAAUGGGGGAAAUGAUUGAACUGGUCACGAUAAUUUAAAAAAUACCAGUUGUUUGUGUGUAAAACAAAGAAAGAGGCAGCACGGGAAUGUGUCAAUUGCUUAAAGAGUGCCACCAGAACCCAAACACGUGAUGGUCCGUUUCCUUACAGAACGACCAUUUAUAAAACCUGAAUAGUUGCCAUGUGGCUGCAGUCCUUUACAAGGUCGCUAUGGUUCCAGAGCGUACAACUUAAAAAAUUUUUUUUUUUAAGGGAAUGCGUUGUUAUUGUUCCACUAUGUAGCACUGGUUCUGUGGGGCUGAACGCACGCAUGCUUGAUGUGACAGUUACCCCGCCCCUCAAUCUGCACGUGAUGUCAAAACAGAUCUCAAGAUUGGUGCUUGACUAACAGCUCUACAAGGAAGUCAUGUGAGCCGGAAAACAUGGCUACAUGAGUAAGCCGACAAAUCGACGCAUAUUGUUGUCAAUACCACUCUUCGGGACGAGAACAACCUCUCCACGUGCGGCAGUAACAGAACACAGUCAACAGCAGGCGACGUUGUAUCGUUCUAUAUCUUGUUUCGCUUGCUGUGUUCUGUUUGGAGGAACAUAACAUGUUAAAGAAAACAGAAUACGAUUGAAUACACAGUUUAAAUGUAUAACGUUUUAAAUAUUUUUAUUGUGUUAUGAGUUAAGUGAUAUGCAUCGUAUUUAGAGUCGGUUUGUGCGAAUUUCGGGAACAACGUCAUAGUUAUCAUCGCUAGUUAUUCACUUAGCCUAUUAAUACGCCUGAAAAUGAACACCGAGAAAGACUUCUCGCCUUUGACCCCAAACAUUGUCAGAGCACUCAACGACAAACUAUAUGAGAAGAGGAAGGUUGCUGCACUAGAGAUUGAAAAAUUGGUGAGGGAGUUUGUGGCUCAGAACAACUCCACUCAGAUCAGACAUGUCAUCCAGAUCCUGGCCUCAGAGUUUGCCUUGUCCCAACACCCUCACAGCCGCAAAGGAGGUCUUAUUGGCCUGGCAGCAUGCUCCAUCGCCCUGGGCAAGGACUCUGGCCUUUACCUGAAAGAGCUCAUCGAGCCGGUACUCACUUGCUUCAAUGACUCGGACAGCAGACUGCGGUACUAUGCCUGUGAGGCACUCUACAACAUUGUGAAAGUGGCCAGAGGGGCAGUGCUACCGCACUUCAAUGUGCUCUUUGAUGGACUCAGCAAGCUUGCAGCAGAUCCUGACCCCAAUGUGAAGAGUGGUUCUGAACUCCUUGACAGACUGUUAAAGGACAUUGUGACAGAGAGUAACAAGUUUGAUUUGGUGGCGUUUGUUCCCCUGCUGCGUGAGAGAAUCUACUCCAACAACCAGUAUGCUCGUCAGUUCAUUAUAUCCUGGAUACUAGUGUUGGAAUCGGUUCCGGACAUCAACCUAAUCGACUACCUACCAGAAAUCCUCGAUGGUCUCUUCCAAAUCCUAGGGGACAGCAGCAAGGAAAUCCGGAGAACGUGUGAAGUUGUCUUGGGAGAGUUCCUUAAGGAGAUCAAGAAGACUCCCUCUAGUGUCAAGUAUGCAGAGAUGGCCAACAUCCUUGUCAUCCAUUGCCAGGUGUCCGAUGAGUCCAAACUCACCAAUGACCUUAUCCAGCUGACUGCAAUGACUUGGAUGAGGGAGUUCAUACAGCUGGCCGGUAGGGUGGUCCUGCCGUACUCCUCAGGCAUCCUGACAGCCGUGUUGCCGUGCCUGUCUUACGACGACCGCAAAAAGAGCACCAAAGAGGCCGCCAGUGCCUGUAACCACAGCCUGAUGAAACUUGUGACCCCUGAGGAUGAUGAAGAUGAAGAGGUAGCUGGAGACAGUGACAGCCCGCCUAGAGCAGACAGCCCGCCAAAAACAGAGGGAGACACAAACGAUAUGCUCAAUGCAUCACAGGAGUCUGUGGGUUUCAGCAACAUCUGCUUCUUCACUCCUACAAGCACUGAUCGCUCCCAGGUUACCCUGGAUCUGGAUGGCAUUGUCCAGGUGCUAGACCGACACCUGCACGACUCCACCACUGGCAUGAUGACCCGCAUCGCUGUGCUCAAGUGGCUCUACCACCUCUACAUCAAGACGCCUCGCAAAAUGUUCCGGCACACGGACAGUCUGUUUCCCAUGUUGCUCAAGACCCUGUCAGAUGAGUCUGAUGAGGUCAUUCUGAAGGAUCUAGAGGUUUUGGCUGAGAUUGCGUCAUCCCCAGCAGGACAGACCGAUGCCUCAGACUCGUGUGAUAACUCUGAUAACAAACUGGAGCUGCAAGUUCCUGUAGCAGCUAACGCGAGCCCACAGCCUUUUGUAGGUUCUAAAGUGGGUGACUCGUCCCCCUCCACCCCCAGCAUGAACUCUUACUUCUACAAAUUCAUGAUCAACCUGCUGAAGCGUUUUAGUCUUGAGAGGAAGUUGCUAGAAAACAGGGGAGCCUUUAUCAUCAGGCAGCUGUGUCUGCUUUUGCACGCAGAGAAUAUCUUCCACUCCAUGGCAGACAUUUUGCUGAAGGAGGAGGACCUAAAGUUUGCCUCAACUAUGGUGCAGACACUCAACACCAUCCUGCUGACCUCGGCGGAGCUCUUUCAGCUACGGAACCAGCUCAAAGACCUGCGUACCCAGGAGAGUUGUGCGCUGUUCUGCUGCCUGUACCGCUCCUGGUGCCACAACCCUGUGGCCACCGUGUCCCUCUGCUUCCUGACUCAGAACUACCAGCAUGCCUAUGACCUCAUCCAGAAGUUUGGUGAUUUGGAGGUGACUGUGGACUUCCUCAUGGAAGUGGACAAGCUGGUGCAGUUGAUCGAAAGCCCCAUCUUUACCUAUUUGCGUCUCCAGCUUCUCGAUGUGGAGAACAACCCGUACCUCAUCAAGGCCCUGUAUGGCCUGCUAAUGCUUCUGCCCCAGAGCCAGGCCUUCCAGCUGCUCUCCCACCGCCUGCGCUGUGUGCCCAACCCGGAGCUCAUGAGGACAGUGGAUGAGUCGAAAUACAUAGAGUCUAAGCCUGCUGGUGCCAAGCGUGCGGCCUACGCCCACAUGGACUACAAUGACCUGCUCAAGCACUUCGAUCGGGUGCAGAGCAAACACCUGGAGGUGCGCCACCAGCGCUCGGGGCGCACUGAUCACCCCGACAGGAAGCUGAUGCUGUGACGCGGUGGGACUGUGGCCCCAGUGGCAGCAAUACGAUGAGCCUUCACCAUGCGGCAGCCACCAACCCCCCCACCGAUACCUUAACGGAACCAAACUGAAUGAGACAUGCUCACAUCUCUCACAUGAGCACCCUUUUGCUUUAUACAGUUUUUAGCCAUUCAAUGUACUGUGGGCAUAAAAUAUAUUCAGUGUGAAUCUUUUUUUCUUUCUUUUUUUUUUUUAAACAGUUAUUUUAAGUGCUUUUUGUUGUUAUACUUUUGUAUUUAGCCCUGCUGGCUCUACCCAAAAGGGUGUCCAAAGCAGGGCUGAUGGGACCUGCUUGUGGUUGGUGGACAAUCCUAGUUUGAAUUCAGGGCAGGGGAAACUGUUUGCAUCUUAUGUUGUUAAUUUUUGUGGUAACAAACACCAUAUUUUGCUUUCUCACUGUUAAAUGUGUUGAUGUUAAUUGUCAGGACCAUAUUCCACAGUAGUCCCCUAAGCCCUGAAUGACGGACAGCACUUUUAUGCUCCUCCAACUAGUUAUAGGCUCUCCUUCCCCUGAAGUCCUGCUUGUUGAACAGUGUUAAACAUCUCUUGACAACUCCUGACAUCUCCUUCCUGAUGUCAUAGUCUCCUUCACAGACAGCCUUUCCCUUCACUGACUAUAUAGACAACCCUUUAUGCUUUAGAAUAUUUCUUUCUGUUACUCUGAUUGCUAUUUGUGCUUCCUAAGCAGGCCUUCUGUAAAACAGCCUAAAUGUGUUAUCAACAUAAAAUAAAGUGGACCAUGUGUAAUAAUU